AUGAAGUUGACUGCCGUCAUUGCUGGUGCCUCUAUUCCCUCUGUGGCGUAUGCCAACAUUGGCGUCAACUGGAAAUUCCCCAACGCUCCCAAGACUGCGCUCAAGGACGUGACUUUUCCAAUCAGCAUGGCCAAUGCCAAACACGAAGCAGGCUACUUUUUCGCUCAGCAAUUCAAGAUCAAUGGCGCAACAAAGAUCGCAUAUACUGGCCUUCAGCCUCGUCCGGAUAAGAACGGGCAGAGCAUUGUCCGCGCUGUUUUUAGCUCAUUCGAAGCCGGGACUACGACUACUCACCCCAACUGCCGUGACAAGGCCGACGGCGGGCCUGGAGUGAGCUGUACUCUCGAGAUCCCUGGAGACUACGCUAAUACGUUCGACCUCACAAUUGAGUAUGUCAGUGGCACGACUUGGCGCGGCACUCUGACUGAUACUGUCACCGGCAAAAGUGACGAAAUUGGUAUCUGGACUAUGCCAGUAAAGACUGGAAAUAUUCAGGCAAAAUAUAGCGGGUUUGUUGAAUAUUUCCCAUGGAAUCGAAAUUUAAAGCCAGGCCCAGAUUGUUCGAAAUCGGUCAAGACCGAAGCCACGUUUUAUGACCCCAAGUCCAAGACGGGCGGUGCUGGAGUCCUUGACAAGCCUUACGACUAUGGACAUUGCAAUAAGCAGGCGAAUUUCAAGCAGACCAAGGUUCGGGGGGGAUAUACUGUCAACUAUGGGAUAAACUAG